CACCCAGGCUCCCCCUAUUUCUUAUUAAUAUUAUUAUUAUACUUAGCAUUUGCACUGUGUUUUAUAACUUAUAAAACCCUUUUGGUCAUAUAAUCUUUUGUGGCCUCCCCACCUGCCUCCCUUCCUCCUCAAUGUACAUUAACUGAAUUCCCACUUUGUGGCAGGCCCUGAGCUAGGCUCUGGGAGCCUAGACCAGUGAGGAAGGGCAGAGAGAAAGAGAAGUAAAUGAGCACAAUAUAGGGACACAACAGGUGCCUCAUAGAGAAGAAGGCUUCUUGGAGAAGUGACAUCUGAGCUGGGUCUUACGAGUCAGUGACGCGGGGAGAAGGACAGCAGAGGCAAAGUCUCUGUGGCGUGAGAGCGCGUGAGGGCCCAGAAGACUGGCAUGUGUGUUACUAGGACCAAGUUCCACUGUGGAGGGCGUCAUGCCGGCAGGUGGGGAUGGAGAGAGCCUGAUGCCGGAUGGCCAAACCCACAUGGAGGCUCAGUAUGCAGAGGAGAGCCCAGGACCCAGGAACUUCCAAGCAAAGUUGAGAGACCCACUGCGGAGGCCCGAAGCCCAGCAGCACCCCACCUCUCUGGCAGGGUGCCCGGGUGCGGGACAGCGCUGCUGUGCGGGGCUGGGAGUGUUGGCGCUGCUGGCUGGUGUGAGCGUCGGCUCCUGGCUUCUCGUGCUGUAUCUGCGGCCGGUGAUCUCCCAGCCCGCUCCCGGGACCCUGCAGGAUGAGGAGAUCCCUUCGAGUUGCUCCGAGGCCAGCGGUGCAGAAGCCCUGCUCCCCACGCCGCCCAGAACAGUAUCUUUCAGAAUAAUCACGGAGGACUUCCUGCUGGAAGCACAGGUGGGAGCGCGGCCAGACUGGCUCCUGGUCUGCCACGAGGGCUGGAGCCCUGCCCUGGGGGUGCGGAUCUGCCAGAGCCUGGGGCAUCUCAGACUCAGUCACCUCAAGGGAGUGAACCUGUCUGACAUCAAGCUCAACAGCUCCCAGCGGUUUGCUCAGCUCCCUCCCAGACUGGAGGGCUUCCUGGAGGAAGUGUGGCAGUCCAGGAACAGCUGUGCUUCCGGCCAAAUCGUUUCCCUCAGAUGCUCUGCGUGUGGGGCGAGGCCCCUGGCCUCCCGGAUAGUUGGCGGGCAGGCCGUGGCUCCUGGCCGCUGGCCCUGGCAGGCCAGUGUGGCCCUGGGCUCCCGGCACACGUGCGGGGCCUCCGUGGUGGCGCCCCACUGGGUGGUGACGGCCGCUCACUGCGUGCACAGUUCUAGGGUACUCCGCCUGUCCAGCUGGCGGGUCCACGUGGGGCUGGUCAGCCACAGUGCCAUCAGGCCUCACCAGGGGGCUGUGGUGGAGAGGAUCGUCCCCCACCCUCUCUACAGCAGCCAGACUCACGACUAUGACAUCGCCCUCCUGCGGCUCUGGACGCCACUCAACUUCUCAGACACCGUGGGUGCUGUGUGCCUGCCAGCCGAGAAGCAAGAUUUUCCAAGGGGAUCACAGUGCUGGGUGUCUGGCUGGGGCCACACCAACCCCAGCCACACCCACAACUCAGAUACGCUCCAGGACACGGUGGUGCCCCUGCUCAGCACCGAGCUCUGCAACAGCUCUUGCAUGUAUAGUGGGGCGCUUACCCCCCGAAUGCUGUGUGCUGGCUACGUGGAUGGGAAGGCUGAUGCGUGCCAGGGUGAUAGCGGGGGGCCCCUGGUGUGCCUGGACAGGGGCACCUGGCACUUGGUGGGGGUGGUCAGCUGGGGCCGUGGCUGUGCGGAGCCCAAUCACCCAGGCGUCUACGCCAAGGUUGCUGAGUUCCUGGACUGGAUCCAUGACAUUGUGAGGGUGAGUAUGGGGGCAAGGAUGGGUGGGUUUGUAAAGGACCCAAACUUUGGAAACUGGGACCCUCACCUCUUAGGCCUGGGCCCUGCUUGGGGCUGGGGAAUGGUCCCCAGAGUGGGAGGAGGAAGUGAUGCUUGUCCGCUAGAUGGAGGAGAAGCAGCAGCCUCAGAUGCCGAAGGCACGGACCUCCUACAACACAAGACAGUCACCACCUGUGGGCCGGCCUCGCUCAUGUAA